AAUUGGAAGAGGUUGUUAGAGAAGCGAUUUGGGUUCUCAACCUGCUUUCCGCCUGCGAGUGAAGAUGAGAGGUGGAAAAAGAAACGCGAAGAAAGAAGAAGACGAAGUUGAACAAAUGUUACGCGCCGCACAAGACGAGAUCCUCUUAAACCUCUCCCUCAAUUCUCACCUAUCUCGUCCUUCUCCUUCUUCCUCCCCUAUCCCCAAUCCCAAUCCCGAUCCUGAUUUGGAUCUCGAUCUCGAGCGUCGAUUUCAAGCGCUUAAAUCAAAUUCCAAAAAACAACAACCGUUGGAUCCAUCCACCAGAUUCGAUGCUCUCAAAGCCAAAUUGCAUCGGCCUGUGAACGCUAACGCGAUUGUCUCUGCAUCGGAGCCGCCGGUUCAAUAUGAGGAAAGUGAUGAGGAAGAUGAAGAGGCGCAGAUUCAGAAGUUGAUUGAAUGGGCGAAAGAUGCGGCGCGGCUUGAUCCUUCUCCUCCGUCUCCGGCUGGUUCAGACGAUGAAGAUGACGGACCGUCUGUAUCUGACGGUGAAGAUGACGACGAUGAUGAUCACCGCCGCAAAUCGUUGAAAUAGUUUAAUUUUAUUUUCUCUGAUUAUAUUAUUUUUAAUUUUGUAGUUUUUUUUUUUAUGUAGUAGAUAGAUGCUUUUGUUAAUUUUUAAUUGUUAAUGGCUUCGUAUGUGCAUUAUAUGGAAUGAAAAGGAGAUAGAAGAUUAAUGUUGUUGUUACGGUGAUAAUGAGGAAGAAGAACAAAUUAGAUGAAGCUUUUGGUAUUCAAAAU